AUGGUGGUUGAUUUGCUAGCGGGCAUCUUCGACCAGAACACGCCAACUCGAGACGGCCGGACCCCGCUCCACCUCGUUGCUCUCGCGGGGCAGAAAGCGCUAGUGUUGAGCUUGCAAGAAGACGGUACCACCAUCGACGCACGGGACGCAACGGGUGAGUCACCACUGGUCGAGGCCUCCUACAAAGGCAAGCAAGCUAUCGUGGAGACCCUUCUCUCCAAGGGGGCCGCCGCCAACCUCCGAGGAACCGUUCCGCUGUACUAA